AUGAGUCAGCAGAUGAAGAGAAGGGCCAGAACCAGUGGCCAGAAAGGUCAGGGUGGACAAGCCCUCCAUGGAACGAAGCCAGAACAGUGCCAGGCAAGCCCAGUCCCUGAGGUACAAAGGAACCUAGUCCCUGUGACUCUGGCCCUGUGUGAAGAAGGCUCCUUACCUGAACCUAGUCCUCAAACCUUCAGAGAAGAGGAUUUCCCUGACAGCUAUAUAGAAUGUGUAAUAACAAGUCAGUUUUCUGAACCCAACCUGGAAGAUUUCCUUCCCAGGUCCUUGGAAGACAUAAGCAAAUAUGCAGAAGAAGGUCUUUCUCAACAGGUUUUUGCAGCCAGCUCCCUUAUUGAAUGUUCUUUGGAAUACAUGAAAAAUGGAGCGAGGCAAAAGCCCCUGCCACAGAUGGUUGAAGGGGAUUCACACCUUGAGCACUCUGAAUACCUGGCAGGCAAGAAGCUGCCAGCUGGAGGGAUACCUGGUGUUAACCUGUUGGAUCCUAAGAAGCUUGGAGAAUUUGCUGAAAGGAAAUCCCCACACGAUAAAGACCAUGGCACUCCAGAGGCACUGGAUUGUCCACAUAGUGGAUGCACAAGGAGGCUAAGGGAUAAAAACGCCCUGCGGAAGCACCUGCUGGUGCAUGCGCCCCGAGCCCACGUGUGUGCAGAGUGCGGGCGCGCCUUCCAUGAGAGCUCCAAGUUGGCCCGACACUUCCUGACGCACACGGGUGAGAGGCCCUUCCAGUGCACCUUUGCGGGCUGUGGGAAGCGCUUCUCCCUGGACUUCAACCUCCGCACGCAUGUACGCAUCCACACUGGGGAGAAGCGCUUUGCAUGUCCCUUCCCGGGCUGUGACAAGAGGUUUGUUCAGUCCAACAACCUCAAAAGUCACAUAGUGACUCAUGUAAAGAAGAAAAAGUCUCACUGA